UAAGAGGGUUCUUCAUGACAAAAUGCUCCAACUGAAGUCUGGAAUGCAUAAGCCCUUAGAGAAGAAGGGACCUGCUGAGAGGGGAGUGAAUGAGCAGAAGACUCAGCCUGAGGAAGCAGGAUUCUCCUCUGUGUCCCACAGUAGGAAAUAUUCCUUGAUCCAGGAUCAGGCUCGAGAAUUGACCCACCUGCGGCAAAAGAUGAGAAUCGGGGGGGCUAUCUCUUCCCUCCUCAUCCAGCACGUCAAGAACACAGUGAAGACCUUUGAGGAGCUCCUCCGCAGUAACAGCAUUGACCACUACAUGGAGCAGCAUUUCCGUGAGCAGCUGGCCAAGGGCAGCCAGCUGGCGGAGAGCCUUGCCAGCAAAUUCAGUACAGAUGACUGUAUGAGUAAGAAGAAUCAAACAGGACAGACGCUGCGGAACCUCAGUAUCUUAAGGGAGAUGCAUAAGAAGGGUAAAGUGAUGGAAGUCCUAGAGACCAAGCAGGACGCGCGGCCCCAGACUUGGCCCCAGACCCGCUCCAGCAGCCACGCCCAGCCCGCCGCCCAUCGCCCCCCCAGCAGCACCUCCCGGCUGCUUGGUGAGCAGGAAGUGCGCCCUGCAAUGAAUGUGGCCAAUGUCAGCCCAGCCACUCCUGCUGAUUCAGCUUUAUUGCACAGCAACCAUUCAGAAGCCGUGUCUGCCCAGCCCUUCUCUCCUUUGAGUGCCGCCACACAGCCGAGCGGGACACCAGACCCUGGGCUUCAUGGCAGCAGUGGCCCAUGGGAUGAGAUGAGGCCUCAGAAGAUGAAUGCAUCUGGGAACCUGUCCUCCUCCUCCUCUCUGUACCGGCCUGACUCUAAGCCCUCUGGGGCCGCCCUGCUGGAAAAGAAUCUGGUUGAGAUCCAGAACCUGCGCCAGCGCCUGGAGGAAUCUGUAUUCGUCAAUGACCGCCUGCGAGAGAGGCUGGAACACGUGCUCAGCAAUGCUGACCAAGGAAAGGACACCGCGCCGUCACCUCCAGGUGUCUCCCUCGCACACACUCAGCGUCACUCCUCCAGCUCUGAUCAGGUCAUCUUCUGACAUGCCACCUGGAGGGUCCAGAGCAGUGUUCUCCAGAUUUCCCAGCCCUACCCAACAGCAUUUGUGGGUAUAAACUUGGA